AUGUCUCUAAAUAUACCCGACUUUGAAGCCAAAGGUUGGUUCAUCUCACAAGAAGGCAUUAACUUGAUUGCUGAAACACAUCCAGAAGCGAAAUCCCUUGACGACUACAUACAAUGUGCUAAAGACAUGGAUAUUCGCUCUCUAACUACUCAAGGGUUCAAUAAAACUGAAGAGAAGUUAACGCAAAUACCUAGUCCUGUUGUCUUACAAGUAACAGAGGUUCGUAAUAUUUCUAUACCUUCCACCAAUCAAGCCGAACAACAUCCAAGGCAACUAUCUGUAUUACUUACAGAUGGUAAGGCAAAGUUCAAAGCAGUAGAAAUGAAUGGAAAAGUAGAUGGUAUAAAGUAA